AGCCCUACCUAUCCAACUCAUGCCACACUGCUGGUCCUCUGUUAGGCGCUGGUUUUCUGGAAUGCUCAGCUGUAGCUGGAUGUUUCUGACUUUCUGGAAGAAGUGACCAAGGUUGAAUACGUCUGCCAAUGAUGCUGUUGCUGAGACGGUCAUUCACCUGGACAGGAGGGCGGUCUGCAGGGUUGAUUCUAUACAACUCCACACCUGCAGGACGAAGCCUGACCACUAAUGCCAAGCAACAGGAAAAACCAAAGAAAAUUAAAUUUGGGCCCCUGAGUGACCAAGACAGAAUUUUCACUAACCUGUAUGGUCGCCAUGACUGGAGACUGAAGGGGGCGCUGAAGAGAGGAGACUGGUAUAAGACCAAAGAAAUCUUGCUGAAGGGCCCUGAGUGGAUCUUAAAUGAAGUGAAGGUUUCAGGGCUGAGGGGGAGAGGCGGAGCUGGCUUCCCUACCGGGAUGAAGUGGAGCUUCAUGAACAAACCAAGUGAUGGCAGGCCUAAGUACCUGGUGGUAAAUGCAGAUGAAGGUGAGCCGGGUACCUGUAAAGAUCGAGAAAUCAUGCGUCAUGACCCUCAUAAGCUGGUGGAGGGCUGUGUGGUGGCAGGCAGAGCAAUGGGAGCGCGUGCUGCCUACAUCUACAUUCGCGGAGAAUUUUACAAUGAGUCCUCCAACCUGCAGGUGGCAAUUAAGGAAGCGUAUGCUGCAGGGUUGAUAGGGAAGAAUGCGUGUGGCUCUGGAUACAACUUUGAUGUGUUUGUAAUGCGGGGUGCAGGAGCGUACAUCUGUGGAGAGGAGACGGCUCUCAUUGAGUCCAUCGAAGGCAAGCAGGGCAAACCACGUCUAAAGCCACCAUUCCCUGCUGACAUAGGUUUGUUUGGGUGUCCAACAACAGUUGCUAAUGUUGAGACAGUUGCUGUAGCACCAGCCAUAUGUCGUCGAGGAGGCGCAUGGUUUGCCAGUUUUGGGCGCGAGAGAAACUCAGGAACGAAGCUGUUCAAUAUCUCUGGGCAUGUAAACACACCAUGCACAGUGGAGGAGGAGAUGUCCAUCUCUCUGAGAGACCUCCUUGAGAGACAUGCAGGUGGUGUGAGGGGUGGCUGGGAUAACCUGCUGGGUGUGAUUCCUGGUGGCUCGUCCACUCCCAUCAUCCCUCGCUCUGUCUGUGAUGAUGUGAUGAUGGACUUUGAUGACCUUGUCAGGGCUGAGACCGCUCUGGGUACUGCUGCAGUCAUAGUCAUGGACAAAUCAACUGAUGUGAUCAGAGCUAUUGCUCGACUGGUGGAGUUUUACAAACAUGAGAGCUGUGGCCAGUGUACCCCCUGCAGAGAGGGGGUGGACUGGAUGAACUCCAUAAUGUGGCGCUUUGUGAAAGGAGAUGCUCGCUCCUCUGAGAUUGAUAUGAUCUGGGAGCUUAGCAAGCAGAUAGAGGGUCACACCAUCUGUGCGCUGGGCGAUGGGGCUGCCUGGCCUGUUCAGGGUUUGAUCCGGCACUUCCGGCCAGUGAUGGAGCAACGCAUCUCUAAGUUCAAAGCAACAAAUCCCAAAGAGGCCGAGAAGAGGAGAGAGGUCAUUUAGAGGCUGAUUUGAAGAUAGCUUGUAGAUGUGUGUAGAUGCCAUACAUAAAGUGUAGGAGUUUCAGAAGCCCACAGACGCAUCAUUAUCUUCAGCACUUUAUUUAUGGUUAUACUGUAUGUUUAACUAUUUUUAUGGCUGUACACUACUGAGCUAUGCUGUAGUUUACUAAAUUAUUCAAAAUUGCACAUUUUUUCAUGAUUGUAGCUUUUUGUGGGAGGGAUCUGAGCUUUCAUAUGAAAUCCGACGUUAUAAGUUUGGGGCCUCAUGAUCCAGCUGUGUGGGUCUGAAAUUUCAUAUGGAAUAUUUAGUUUGGGGACCUGGUCUACAGUCCAAGGUCCCACAGGAGAUGGGCCUCUUUCUCCCUCUCUCUCUCACUUCCAAAUAAGAUGGUCAUUUAAUCAAUUCCAUGUCUUAUUUUCAUGUAAACCACUGGGAUAUAAAAUCAGGCAGUCAGAGCCGUUUUCUUCAGAGGUGUUUUUUGGCUUCAACCUCGCACAAGCAAAACCAUGGUGCUCGAUUU